ACGUUAUGCUGUACAAAAAGUAAAAAAAAAUGAAAGUUUUCCUAAUUCUCACCGAAAAGAAUCAACGAAUCAAUAAAAUCUAACAAAGUUGCGGUGAUUAUAUAUGAUAUUUGAAAGGCCAUCUCGUUCAUACGCACAGAGGUGUAGAGACACAGAGGUGCGAACGCAUAGAGGUUUCGAGUGCUGAUUCACCACUACGGUGCGGUGGAUCGAAAGAGACGACAUAUAUCGCGUGGUGCUACACUGCAAUCUUCAAAUUUAAUCGUCACCAAGAGCAAUAGCGCUGUACCUGUGGCCAGGUACAGGCAGCAAACGAAAAGUUCAGAAGUGACCACGACGGCAGAGCAACAGAGAUAGCAGAAAACGAUACCAGAAGACUGCCAAUUGGGUGAGCUUCACGUCGUUUUUCACGACAGCAACAAGUAUUUCAGGUGACUACAAAUAUGAGUUCCGUAACCCAGGUGGAAACUAAUAAUGCAUCCGACUGUCGCUCUAGACGUAACGCCAAUGAUUUUAUAUUUGGAAAACUCAUAGGAGAAGGUAGUUUUAGUCUAGUGUACUUGGCAAAGGACAUACAUACUUCAAAAUCAUAUGCUAUCAAAGUAUGUGAAAAACAGCAGAUUAUUCACGAAAAAAAACAAGAAUACGUAAAACGCGAACGAGAAGCACUCAAUAUUCUAAGCGGAGUUCCAGGGUUUUUGAAUUUAUAUUGCACAUUUCAAGAUGCUAGCAAACUGUAUUUUGUUAUGACCUAUGCAAAAAAUGGCACAUUGUUGCAAUUACUAGAUAAAGUAAAAAAAUUGGAUGCAACUUCAAUUAGAUUGUAUUCAGCUGAGAUUUUACAGUCAAUAGAGCAAAUGCAUAGUAAUAAUAUAAUUCACAGGGAUUUGAAACCUGAAAAUAUAUUGCUCGAUGAAAAUUUUCAUACUAUGAUAGCUGAUUUUGGGUCGUCUCGUAUAGGAGAUGCUGACGUCAAUUGUAGUAGUAGCAGUGACGAAAAAGAAGAAACUGAGACUCACCGUGAUGAAACAGAAUACCACCGAAAACAUUCAAAACGCAAACGCGGCAGCUUUGUUGGUACCGCACAAUAUGUGUCACCUGAAAUUUUGAAAGGAAAAUUUUCGAGUAGAGCAUCUGACUUGUGGUCUUUUGGAUGUAUUAUGUAUCAAAUAAUUGCCGGUUAUCCGCCAUUUCGUGGUGCAAAUGAUUAUUUGAUAUUUCAAAAAAUUUCUAAAUUGGAACUCGAAUUUACUGAAAAUUUUAAUCAUUCAGCAAAGGAUUUAAUUACAAAGUUGCUAGUCUUAGAUCCCAAGAGAAGAUUGGGCGCUGAUGAUAAUUUGCCAUAUACAAGUAUACGGAAUCACGAUUUUUUCGACGGUAUAGAUUUUUCAGCAAUUCGCGAAACGACUCCGAGUUUUCUCGACUCAUCUGCAUACACAAUAACUGAAAAAGAAGAUUCUUCAAAAGAAUGGUUCAACUUUCCAGAUCAUGUGUCACCAGGUCUAGAUGACAAACAUAUAACAAGAUUAAUGGGAUUGGAAUUAGGAAUAACUGGCAUUCCAAGCUCUUCAAAAGCAAUAAAGUGUUUUGCUAAUAUAAGUGAGGCAGAAAGAAGCUGUAGACUAGAACAACAGAAAAGCGAUCAAUGGCAUGCAUUUUCUGAAGGAGAGCUUAUCUUAAAGCAUGGGUUUGUAAAUAAACGAAAAGGUGCACUAUAUGUACCAAGACGUCGAAUGCUGUUACUUACAACUGGGCCACGGUUGAUUUAUGUAGACCCUCUACAGAUGGUAAAAAAGGGAGAAAUUCCAUGGAGUAGAGAGUUACGAGCAGAGGCUAAAAAUUUCAAAGUGUUUUUGAUACAUACGCCUCAUCGUAUCUAUUAUUUAGAAGAUCCGCAAGGAUUCGCGCUUAAAUGGUGUGAAGCAAUAGAAGAAAUUUACAAUCAAGUGUUUGGGAAAUAAACUAGUUAAAUUUGCAUUAAUUUUAUUGUAUUGUAAUCAUUGGAAAUUCAAAUAAAGUUUAUAUUUCAUCAUA